AUCUUCCACUCCUUUGUGUCUUACGUCAUUUACGAGAGGCUGAGGUAGUGGACAGACCUGCUCAAUUUAACGGACGCGUGUUAGGACUUUUUCCUAUUAAUACCUGCCUCCAUCCAUGCUCCCCUCGCCAUAGCUCCGCGCCACCAUGUCCGCCCCCGAGACCAGCGCAGCAGACGCGCUGCCCAAACCCGCACGCGACCCUGCCGAAUCCACGUCCAACCCUGACCACCUUCGCCCCCAACGUCCCUCGCAGCCCAGCUCCAGCUCCGACGACUGGAGCGCCGUCCACUCGGGUGUGUCGGACAGCGAGAACUACGACGAGAAGCAAUAUGAGGCAGAGGCCAUCGUAAAAGGAAGCAAGGGAGGAGGGUUGUCGCAAGAUGAAGGAAUCGUCGCGACGGGAAGCGAUCACCAAACCGUGAUUGGCAAGGAGACCUCGCCUCAGCCGUCGUACGAAGACGUCCGCACCCCCGCCGGGGAGCCUAGCGACUCGCCAUUUGGGAGGAGGAAGAGCGUACAGGUCACCAUUGAUCGGACCGCCAAGAAGGGGAAGUACGUAUUGACGGCCGAUGAUCCCGAGAUCCGCCGCAUCCUCCGCUAUGGUAUCGACAAGGAGAUGGCCGAACAAGAUCCCAACCGGAAGCGCCGGGCUAGAUUCCGGGAUUUGGUUUUCACGCGCCAGUUCACUACCUUUGACAGGCAGAACUCGCUCAGCUAUGACUCGCCUUUCCGCGGAUUCUUCACUCUCUUCUGGCUGGCCAUGGCCCUGUUGUUGAUAAGAGUUGCGUCGAAGAACUGGAGGACACAGGGUAGUGUCUUUGGAGGCAACGAGAUCUGGAACAUGAUGUUCGAGCGGGAUGUCGCGGUUCUGGGGCUCACGGAUGGCGUCAUGUAUGCCGCGACAGCGGCCGGCUUUCUCUUGCAGAAAGCAGUCGCUAAAGGCGUUCUGACUUGGGACCACUCCGGAUACAUUAUCCAGCACGUAUGGCAGACAUUCUAUCUUUUCGCUGUCUUGUGUUGGACCGUGUACCGCGAAUGGCCCUGGACGCACACUAUAUUCAUUGUGCUCCAUUGCAUAGCUUUCUUGAUGAAGCAGCACAGUUACUCCUUCUACAACGGCUACCUGUCUCUGGUCUACCGACGGAAGCAGCUGCUGGAGGGUAAGCUCGACGAGCUCAGUCAAAAGCAGCCAGAUGCCUCCUCUCGGCCAACUAGCCCCAUAGCGACUUCUUUCGAAUUGCCCAAAGAAGGCACCCUUCACAAGCGCCGUCGUUCGUCCAUGACCAAUUCCUCCACGAACUUGCUUAAGGAGAAGUCCGCGGUCUCGACGAUUGCGGCGUCCAUUGAGUCUGGAGAGCCCCUUGACCAAGAACAGCUCGAUGCCUUUUCUCGGGUCAUCAAGGACGAGAUCGAGAGUCUCACGGUCGAGCUCAGGGGCAAGUCUACAUCCGACAAGAACGCCUACCCCAACAACUUGACGUUCGCCAACUUUGCCGACUGGAGCGUCCUGCCCACCCUCGUCUACGAGCUUGAGUACCCCCGCCAGGAGCGUAUCAACUGGUGGUACGUUGCGGAGAAGACGGCGGCGACCUUUGGCGUCAUCUGGGUCAUGAUGGUCAUCUCACAAGCGUACAUCUACCCACCGGUAGCCGAGACGGUGCGAAUGAAGGAAGCGGGCAUGACGCUGCAAGAGCGGACGGCCGAGUUCCCAUGGAUCGUCAGCGACAUGCUGUUCCCGCUGCUGCUGGAGCAGCUGCUGUCGUGGUACGUCAUCUGGGAGUGUCUGCUGAACGUGCUGGCGGAGCUCACGCGCUUCGCGGACCGCGGCUUCUACGGCGACUGGUGGAACAGCGUGUCGUGGGACCAGUACGCGCGCGACUGGAACCGGCCGGUGCACAACUUCCUGCUACGCCACGUCUACCACUCGUCCAUCUCGACGUUCCACCUCAGCAAGGGCAGCGCCACGUUCGUCACCUUCUUGCUCAGCGCCCUCGUCCAUGAACUCGUCAUGCUGUGCUUGUUCAAGAAGGUCCGCGGCUACCUCUUCGCCAUGCAGUUGCUGCAGCUGCCCCUGGUCUCGCUGAGCCGCACCCCUUUGCUCAAGGGCAGAAACGUCCUCGGCAACGUCGUCUUCUGGAUUGGCCUUUUUGUCGGCCCGAGCGUCUUGACGAGCUUGUAUCUUAUUGUUUAGGGCCUACAGUUGGCCAUGGAGCUGAGCUGUGGCUCGUUAGAUCUUAGAUCUCCGCUCUAGAAUUUGAUCUUUGUUUUUGGGAGGCUUCUCUUGUGUCUUUCAAACGUUGUGAAU